CACCUGAGGUUAAUGUGUAGUGUCGACUGUGAAACGCAUCACAAAUGUUUUAGAGAGAGAGAGAGAGAGAGAGGGAGAGAGAGGGCAGCAGAAAGAGUGAGACGAGUCUCAUUGGCACAGUUGUUCUCUGGAAGAGUCGUACAGACUUACUCAUCAUCAUCAUCUUCUUCUUCUUCUUCUUCUUCUUCUUCUUCAUCACCUUCACCCAUGUCGGUUCUUCCUCUGCGGGUGAAACUGUUGCAGCAGGUCUGGAAGUUGAAGGGCGUCGUGGUCCUGGUCUGCAGCCCGUUCAUCCUGCUGCCGCUCGCUGUCAGCACCACGGAAGCAGCCUGCGCUUAUGUCAUAGCGCUCAUGGCGGUGUACUGGUGCACUGAGGUGUUGCCGCUGGCGGUGACGGCGCUGCUGCCGACCAUCCUGUUCCCCGUCCUCGGCAUCAUGGAGUCCAAGGACGUGUGUAUGCAGUACCUGAAGGACACCAAUAUGCUGUUUGUGGGGGGGCUGAUGGUGGCCGUGGCCGUGGAGCACUGGAACCUCCACAAACGCAUCGCACUCAGAGUGCUGCUGCUGGUCGGGGUCCGACCCGCCCUGUUGAUGCUAGGGUUCAUGGGAGUGACAGCCUUCCUGUCCAUGUGGAUCAGCAACACGGCCACCACCGCCAUGAUGGUCCCCAUUGUCCAGGCUGUCCUGGACCAGCUCCACAGCAAUGUAGACCCUGAACCCUCCUCCAAGAGCCAGAGCAGGACUGUCGUUCUAAACCAGGAACAUCAGGAGAAAACCGUCAGCAUCCUGCAAACCAAUGCUCCGAACAUCCUGGAGAACGGUCUGAGCGGGGCAAUCCAGACACAAGGCAACUCGGAGAAAACCAGCAACCUCGAAGACAGCGUGUCCCCUGAGGAUAAAGUGUUGUCAGAGGGCCAGAUGGACGGACAGGAGACUGUCAAACCAACACCGCAGGACAAACCUCCAUCAGACAGCACCGGCAAAGGGCCCGUGCUUGUGUCCGUGGAGGACGCCUGCUGUCCAAUGGAGCUGGAGGAGCUGAGCGACGUGGAGGAGGAGAGGAGGAGGUUGAGCAAAGGCCUCCUGCUGUGUGUGUGCUACGCUGCCAGCAUCGGAGGCAUCGCUACUCUGACAGGAACCGGACCGAACCUGGUUCUGAUCGGACAGAUGAGCCAACUCUUCCCUCAGAACGGCGACGUGAUCAACUUUGCGUCCUGGUUUGCGUUCGCCUUCCCCACCAUGGUGCUGAUGCUGACGUUCGCCUGGUUCUGGCUGCAGUUCCUCUACAUCGGCUGCAACCUGCGGAGGACGUGGGGUUGCGGGACGGUCCAAUCAGAGAAGGAAAAAGCGGCGUAUACGGUGAUCAGGGACGAGCAUCGUCGUCUGGGACCGAUGAGUUACGGAGAGGUCAGCGUCCUGGCACUCUUCAUCCUCAUGGUGGCGCUGUGGUUCACACGAGACCCCCGCUUCAUGGACGGCUGGGCCACGCACGUCUUCAACGCCAAGGCCGAGUUCGUCACUGAUGCGACCGUCUCUCUGUUUGUUGCUGUGCUGUUGUUUGUUCUUCCCUCUGAGCCGCCGCGGUACCUCUGCUGCUGGAGGAGCUCUGACACAGAGUCCCAGGUGUCACGAGGCCCCGCCCCUCCUCUGCUCACCUGGCAGGUGACUCAGAAGAAGAUGCCCUGGAACAUCGUCCUGCUGCUGGGGGGAGGCUUCGCCCUGGCCAAGGGCAGCGAGGAGUCUGGUCUGUCCCGCUGGCUCGGCGCUCAGAUGACACCGCUCCACUCCAUCCCUCCCUGGGCCAUCGCCGUCGUCCUCUGCCUCCUCGUCGCCACCUUCACCGAGUGCGCCAGCAACGUCGCCACGGCAACACUCUUCCUGCCCAUCCUGGCCUCCAUGUCCCAGUCUAUGAGCUUGAACCCUCUGUACGUGAUGAUCCCCUGCACCCUCAGCGCCUCCUUCGCCUUCAUGCUGCCGGUGGCUACGCCUCCCAACGCCAUCAUCUUCUCCUACGGUUACCUCAAAGUGUCCGACAUGGCUAAAACAGGCGUGGUGAUGAACAUCAUCGGGAUCGGGUGCAUCAGUCUGGCCAUCAACAGUUGGGGUCGCAUCAUGUUUUCUCUGGACUCGUUCCCUUCAUGGGCCAACACCACUGCACCCGUGUAGGAGCACCUCUGUUUUCUACAGCCUGCUGUUUUAUCAAAGUUUUCAGGCUUCACCACUGGACCCCUGGAUGGUGUUUGGGUGAAAUUUCCCAGCAGGGAAUUUGUUUUUUUUGUAUUCUUACUACAGCUUGUGACAGCUGGUUCUGAGCCACCAGAAACAUGGUCUGGACAUCCUUCUCACCGAUGAUCGGGAGCGUGUUUCCCAAAAGUUUAAAAUCCUAACAAAAUUAUUGAAACCCCUACUGCUUAGCUAGUUAGUGGUAAUUUAAACCUCUAGCUGCAGUUAGAAGUUCGCCAUAGAUUCUUAGCUAAAAGCCAGCAUUAACAUGAAUACCAAAUACUAGCGUGAAUUAAGCACAAACAAAUCAAAGAUGGUCCUUUACUAAGGCCAGGUAAAAACAUUAAGGAGGGUGGAAUUACUUGUUCUCUAACAGCUCAGACGGUAGAUUAAGUAUAAUGUACAUUUCCACUGCACAACAGAGCCGUGUGGUAUUCCCCUUUCUGCUGAAAACAUGUUUUCUGUUUAACACUAAUGCUGUUUUCAAUCACUAUUUCCAGUCGUUUCUGCUUAGCAGUUUUUUUACCACCGUCAAGGUACUGUCAGUAAAAGUCAAGUUAUUUCCAAACAACCCUUGUCGCACAUGUUUACGUUUAAAGACGUUUACAGGAAUUGGAGGGAUUAUGUCCUCUGAGCCACUGGAAAGCUUUUAAUUUGAAACGUUUGUGAAACUCACCCAAAACCCUGAAAGACUUACAAUGAUAUAAAUAUUUUUUUGCAAUUUCCACGUCCAUAAUAUGAAUUAACAUUUGUAACAUUCAUUUAUCCAAUUUAAGCUUGCAUUAAUCGAUUACUCAUAUGUUUCUUUGUUUUUGGUUUUAUGGCCACACUUGCUUAUAAUCACUUUAUAAAGUUGUUGCUGCUAACGAAGAUAAAAGCACCAAAUGUUUGGCACUUGGUUAUCAAAAUCGAUGGUUUCUCUUUUUAACACCAACUAAUUGUUGGUGUUAAGUUCCCAUCAGUGAACUCCACCCUUCCAGCAGAGGUUUCACAUUAAAAGCCCGAAAAGGCAAAUAAUAAUACCCACACACAGACAGUGUUGUGUGUACAAGUUGUGCUGGUGGCAACAAAAUUGUUAAAAAUAAAUUAUUACAAACUAAAACUGUUGGAAUUAAUAUUAUAGAAAUGGCAAUUGGAAAAAAAAAGAUUGUUAUCAUUGUAAUCUAAAUCAUUUUGGGUUUAAGACUCACAGACGUUUCAAAUUAAAAGCCUUCCAGCGGCUCAAAAGGCAUAAUCCCUCCCUUUCAUCGAAGGUUUUUCAUUUCUAACAUCUGCAGGAAGUGUUGAAUCUCACUGACGGUAGCUUCACAUUGUUAAAAAAAAGCAGCAAAGUAGAAGGGAAUUUAAAUAAUAGGUGAAUGAAAACACCAUCGGUCUUAAAAAGAAUGUGAUGUGAGUCUGUCCUACCGAUUAAUUAGUUACAUUAUACAGAAUAUAUCAACACAGCAGGUAAACAUGGAGGAAGUAAGGCUUAGUUUACGGACAAUUAAACCAAGAGCAGACCAGAAAACAGGGAGGCUAAUGAUCAAAUAUAACUAUAAAUCAGCCUAGUUCAAAUAAAGUUCUGGUUCUCUUCAGCUGAGGAAAAUAAAAUCUAACAUCUCAGAAUUUACAGGUAGUUUCUCCGUAAAGCAACGAACCUUCACCUCACAAAUCAAAACCUGAGAAAGGUUUAAUAAUUACAACAACUGACAAAACAGUUUUUUUCUUUAAUCAUUACACUUUUUCUUUGGCGGGGUUUUUAUUUACAGUUGUUACUUGGGAAACUGACUCUAGAUCAGUGGACAGACUACACCAGGACUUCACUGAUCGAGGAACUUUUCUGUCCCGACGAGAUGCCAACAAGUCUUAUCCCUGUGAAUUGGAAUUAUUUUUAAGUGAUUAGAGAAUAUAUGUGUUGUAUGUUUUGUAUUGUUUUCUAUUUAAACAUAUGAGUUUUAUUUGGUAACACAGUUUUUAUGUAAGUGAAUGAAUGUGUACUGUACAUACGUUAACUUCCAGAGUUUUGUAUCACCUUGUUGCUAACAGUUUUAUUAGGUGUUGAUAAAAUCUGAUCUUUCAGAAAAUGUGCGUCAACAAUCCUUUGGUUGAAUAAGAGAAGCAGUGAGUGCAAGUAAUGACAGGCUUUUAUUUUGGUAGAUAUCAUGGGUACACUGUCUUACUUCGAACCAAACCAGGUUUUAAUCUUAAACAUAAGACUGAAGCUGCUUUUCGUCCACUUUUUUUGCGUUUUCCAUUAAGGUAAGAUGGUGGCAGCUGUAGUACAGAAUCUGACACGCUGUUACUUGGUGGCUAACACGUUAGGAAACAUUUGCUGAAGUCCUCUACUUAAGUACAAGUUUUAGGUUACUGCAGUUUGAGUAUUUACAGUCUAUGCUGCCAUAUACUUUUCUACAUUUCAGAGGGAAAUAUUGUACCUUUUAAUGCACUACAUUUAUCUCACAUCUUUACUUACUGGUCAUUUUGAAGAUUAAGAUUUUAAACUAAAAACAAACGAGACGCUCUUAAAAUACAAGAUAUUGUUAAGAUUUAAAACUGUGGCUGUCGGUCUUUUUGGCUUCCAAGUGAAAAAGAAAAAAAUCAGUGUGUAUUACUCACAUCUCAGACGUCUAUGAGUUGGUAUCAGUUCCACCACAGAGACAUUUCGCACCUAAACGUCUCACAUGCUUCUGUUUCAAUUACUGU